AUGGCUACUGGUACUGACAUUCGAACAUCCGAGCUCAGAGAGCCAGUGGAUGUUGCUACUUAUCUCUUUACCAGACUCAAACAAAUAGGAAUCGAUUCGGUCCAUGGUCUGCCCGGAGACUUCAACCUAGUUGCACUUGACUAUCUCGAAGGCUGUGGCCUCAAGUGGGUGGGCAACUGCAAUGAACUCAACGCGGGCUAUGCCGCAGAUGGCUAUGCUCGAAUCAAAGGCAUUUCCGCCGUCAUAACCACUUUCGGUGUUGGGGAAUUGUCUCUCCCAAAUGCCAUUGCCGGAUCUUACGCAGAAUAUGUCCCGGUGGUUCACAUUGUCGGAACACCCAGCACCAUCUCGCAAGCUAACGGCAUGCUCCUUCAUCAUACACUAGGCAACGGCAACUUCCAUAUCUUUGCAAAUAUGGCCAGCCAUAUUGCGGUGGAUGUGGCCAGGUUGACAGAUCCUCGAGACAUCCCUUCGCAGAUUGACCAUGCCCUCCGCGAAUGCUACCUCCGAAGCAGACCGGUUUACCUGACCCUGCCCACAGACGUGGUGAAGAGAAAGGUAGAGGGCGAGAGACUCCAGGCCAAGCUCGAUCUGAGCCCUCACAGAAACGAGCCGGAGAAGGAGGAUUAUGUAGUGGACGUGGUGUUGAAGUACCUGAGAGAUGCCAGAAAUCCUGUCAUUUUGGUCGACAGCUGUGCCAUUCGUCAUCGAGUUCUAGACGAGACACACGAGCUCAUUGAGAAAUCCGGUCUUCCGGUCUUCGUGGCUCCCAUGGGAAAAGGCGCGGUCGACGAAACCACGCCCACCUUUGGUGGUGUUUAUGCCGGCGAUGGAUCCAAUCCCGGAGUACAGGAGCGGGUGGAAAAUGCUGACUUACUCCUGACCAUCGGCAGUGUCAAAUCUGACUUCAAUACCGCGGGAUUCACCUACAGAACCUCACAGCUGAAAACAAUCGACUUCCACAGCACCUACACCCGUGUCCGUUAUUCUGAGUACCCUGGUGUGGGCAUGAAGGGAGUCCUCCGCAAACUCAUUGACCGACUACCGAAACUGAAUAUCGAGCCCGGCCCAUUGGCUCCCCAAAACAAGAUUCCUCUUGAUGAAGACCUCGGUGAUCCCACCAUCACCCACGGUUGGUUCUGGCCCCGAAUGGGUCAGUGGCUGCAAGAGGGUGACAUUGUGCUCACCGAGACGGGAACGUCCAACUAUGGGAUCUUCGACACCCGUUUCCCCAAAAAUGUCACCAACAUCAGCCAGAUUCUAUGGGGAAGUAUCGGUUAUGCCACCGGUUCAUGUCAAGGCGUCGCCCUGGCGGCCAAGGAACUUGGAGGCACACGCAGAACCAUUCUCUUCACGGGAGACGGCAGCUUCCAGCUUACGGCACAAGAAGUAAGCACAAUGAUUCGGCACAAUCUCAACCCGAUCAUCUUCAUCAUCUGCAAUAAUGGCUACACCAUUGAGCGUUUCAUUCAUGGAAUGAGGGCAGGUUACAAUGACAUUCAGAACUGGAGAUACAAAGACCUGAUUCCAGCGUUUGGAGCGAAAGAAGGCACAUACAAGACUUACCAGGUGAAGACCAAAGCCGACGUCAACGCUUUGUUUGAAGACGAGAACUUUUCCAAGGCCCCUUAUCUCCAGUUGGUUGAACUGUACAUUCCGUGGGAUGACUGCCCUUCAGCAUUAAAACUGACCGCAGAGGCGAGCGCAAGGAAUAAUGCGAAGAUGUGA